CAUCUGGAAGAGGCAUCACGGUGACGCAUGUUGGCUUGAACAUGGUGUUCACUCUUUGCUUCGUCCUACUGGAAGAUGCAGAUCAGUGUCGGGCUUAAACGUUCAGACAACACCUAGAGACGGAACCAAGAUGAGGCUUACAACGAGAAACCUGGUGAUCGCUGUUUGCUAUGCCUUUCUACAUGGUGUUUUCGUAAUCAAGGCGGAGAACAUUAUGCUGGCAAAGCCCAGUGAAGUCAGCGAAACCUACUGGAACGCUGACUUUGCCAAUGAUGGAAACAACAACCCAGGAUCCACACCAGCUAGAACUUGGCCCAAUGAGAAUCCCUACUGGCAGGGGGAUCUACAGGGAAACUUCACUAUCCACAACAUCUCAGUUACAAGUGACGUCUCUUAUAGUUUUGGAAGUGAGCUUGGGAGUGCAUACGUGGAGGUGCGCGCCGAUGGCAACAGUGGUUGUCCGGACGACGACAUCUUCAUCUGCGGCCAGUGUCCAGAAGUAGUUGGUACAGGAGAAACCUUCACGUUCACUUGUUCCCAUCCACGGCCAGUGAGAUUCGUGAAGGUCUGGAGAAACCUGACUGGAGAAUUGGUUGUUUCAGAGGUUGUGGUGCAAGGGACUCCAGUGGCAACACGUGUGACUAUGUACAGUAAGGAGCCCAACAUUAAAGUGUCAACACCUAUGACGUCACUCGCAGUUACUUCCGCCGCUGAUUGUAGUUCCCGAUGUUACGCAAACAAGUCUUGUCUGAGUUUCAGUUACCACCCAACAACUGAUCCAAACUGUCUCCUAGCAACAAACCCUGAAGAUGCAGCAGGAGCUGUCGGAUGGUCCAAGUACACCAUCGACGAAUGUUCAAGUUACAACACUUGUGAAUGACCCAUUGCUAACAGAUCACCUGCUGGUUCUCUUAUGACGUUUCAUAUUCAUUUACAGUUGUUACAGAUACGUCUGGUGCAGGGAUUACUUUUGUAUAUGUUGUGAAAAAUAUUUUAGCAGAUCAUCUUCAGUAUCGGAUAAGCAUUUAAAAUACUUCUCCUCGUCAACCUUUGAUAGCUUAGCAGUAUAUCAUUAUCUUAUUGUAAUAUUUCACAUCAGAGAUUCAUAAAAAUACCCACAAAAAAAAAACAAAUAGGAUAUUUUAUCUUUGGUAAAAUUCCGAAUGGAACAUUACAGUUGAUUUGACUCCUUUUACAUUUUUUUUUGGUAAUGAAUUGUAAUGUUUGUGGUGGUUUUAUACAUGGACAAACUGAUGCUGUGAAAUGAGGCUUUCUGAACGAUUCAUAUUCUUUAGGAAUUAGAGAGACAGACAUGGGCAUUUCCGACAAGUGACCACAUUUUGUAAAUUCGACCGAAAGCAACAUGGUGAAGAAUUGUCAUCAAAGUGACUGCUGAUCACAAACCUUUCAGUAUUCAGUCAGAACAGAUAAAAGUUUCCAUAUCGCCAUUCCAUGUUUAGUCAUGAGCUAUGAAAGAUUGAUGGAACAGUUCUAGGAAAGGUUGUCUCGUCCAAGUACAUGCUUCGAUACCCUGAAUAUGGUCCAGGAGUUUUAAGAUCAGAGAAUUUGCUGCUGUCUCUUGAAACACAAUUUAAUGCAAGUGUAUGUUAGCUGUUUAAUACCAAGAUAUCAUUUGUAAAAUAGUGUUGACAAAUGGUAGUGAGGCAACGAUAACAUUAAUAGUAUUUCAUACUCACAUACAUCUUCAAUGAUUUGACACAUUUCAGUGAUCCGGAUUGUUCGACAAAACGUAAAGUACAUAUUAUUUAUAUUAAUUAUACUUAUUUCAUCCUAGCGUUUGAAAAAAACAACUGUAUAAGUAUGGCUUCAUGACAUACCUGUACAAAAAGGGCUACAAUCGUUCAGAUAUUUUUAGAGACGAAUAUGUGAUGCCUACGGAUGCAAUAGGUGAGCGAUUGUUCAGUUUCUUCUCUUUGCGCAGGCACCCUGGUUUUGUGAUAAGUGAUUGAAAGUUAUAGUUGACUGCUUUUUUAAGUUAUAGUCUGGAUAAUUAAAAUGGAGGUGUCUAGGUGAACUGUCCUUAGGCGCUUUUGGGGUUUGGUCCUGCAAGUGAUAAUAUCAAAACCAGUGUUCAGUCACUGAUAUAAGACAUACAAAUCAGAGACGAAAAGUCCUCUUUUGUAUAAUUUAAUAAGAUAUUUGGCCAUUCGUAUUACAGUCUAGAAUGAACAGGAUAUUAACAUUCUUUUCUUUGAGAAGAGAUUAAAAACAAACAUGGAACAUGUUAUGUUAGUGUUAUUCAUUCUAUAAUAAUGUUCCAAAUUUACAGAUGUAUGCAGAUAGUCAUUGAUGGGCAGUUGUGUGCUAUAUUUAAAGAAACCGAGUCUGGAAGGUACUACAAUUAUGUAUGCUUUUCUGAUCCAGGAAGUAUUUUUAUGUUUAUAAAGGAACCUUAAAUUACAUAUCAAGUUCCAAGAAGACCAGCAAUUCUUACCAAGGAUACUCAGCUUAUUUUGGAAACAAGGCUAUUGUUGCAGUGAGAUGUAUAUUACCACCAUUAUCCUUAUUGCUGUAAUCACUGCUUUGUAGUGAUUCGUAUUCAAUUUGUAUUUAUAAA